AUGUCCAAAGCCCCAGCGUGGCACGAGGCGUAUCCCCCGCCACGAAAUGCAUCCCCUCCGACAAUUGCACGCGAGGACUUGUUGACCAAAUUACAAAUGGGCAAGCAGCCAGGCAUUGACUUCCUUCUCGUCGACUUGCGCCGGACAGAUCACGAGGGCGGCACAAUCAAAGGAUCCAUCAACCUCCCUGCCCAGAGCCUAUACCCUAGCUUACCGACUCUACUGACCUUGUGCCAAGCCGCAGGUGUGAAGAAGGUAAUCUGGUACUGCGGCUCAUCGAAAGGCCGCGGAUCCCGAGCAGCCGGCUGGUUUGACGAUCUCAUUAAGGACAGAAGCAUCGAAGGCAUCAGUAGUCUCGUUCUCAAAGAUGGUGUCGCAGGCUGGGCACAUGCAGGAGAUGAUUACACCUCGCUAAUGGAAGAAUAUAAUGCCUCGACUUGGGCUGCUCAAAAGUGA